AUGAAAAGGAGCAACGAAGACGCACGAUCCAGUCAAAUCUUCUUCACGGCACGAGUCAAGAACAAACGCGAGAACACCAAACUGAAGUAUGAGAUAAAGCAACUCGAACGCGAAUUUGGACACACAGUAUUCUCCAUCCAUAAGGAUAUUCGCGAUCUUAAAGCCGAACUCAAGAUCACGAAACGAAGCAGCGGCCACAGCGCCGAAGGUUGGUUCGUGGAGGAUGCCGAAGAUGCCGGAACGAUGGUUAACCAUAGAUCGCGACCGACGAAGAGUGCCGGUGGUGCCCGAUGUCGUACGAAUGCCCUCGGCCAUCAGCGGAAGCAGACACGAGUGUCUUCGGCUCCAGCGGUCGGGAAUUCUCGGGACAUUUCGAUGGGACGGAGGUUGACAAAGACACCCGAGCGUAGCGUUCGGCAAGACAACCAAACCGUAUCUAAUUCCAUGCGUGUAUCGAAAGGUAAAGCUUUAAUCACAAAGAAUCAUGGAAUGAGGACUUCAGCGACGAAAAUUGUGCCAGCUAUAGAGACUGAUACAAUAGAUGCUUCUUUACGUAUGGAUGAGGAGAAAGACAAACGAAAGCCUGCUAAAAAUAAAAACAAAUCUACUGACAUUGAUGGAGAUUUUGCCAAAGAAACAGAACGUUCUGAAGAGAAUUCAAGGACCGCUUUAAAACUCGUCAAAAAGAAUAGCUUUCUAAAUCCUAUCAUAAAGCCAACUUUAGAUGUUACAGAUAAAAUGAUCAGUGAUACGAAUCACGUCCAUAAUGCGGAGCAGUAUUUGUCCGUGAAUAAAUCGGAAGAGCGUCCUCUAUCCCCGAUGAUGACGACAUUAGUGAAAGACCGUUGGUUGAAGCCCACGUUAAAAACGACGAUUGAAAAAGAUGACGUCGUUGACAGACCGAAGAAGACCGUUCGCAUUGCUCCCAAUUCAUCUCAUGUUCAUGGGAGCAAUAGAAGUAAUGUGAUGGGUAAUACUCAGCCAGUGAAUCCUGGAAAUAAAAAGACUGUGGUGCUACAAAAGGCCGUUAAAUCUGCGACAUUUUUGACAGAGUCGCGAUUGCCCACUGUGGAUCCAAUGCAUUCUACAAAUUCGAUGAUGAGUUUGAGUAGUGGGUUGGCGGGAAAUUCGAAAGAUGAGCGGGCCAAGAAAUCUGGAAAUGUAAUUCCUGAUAUUCGCAGAAAGGUGCUGUCUACGGAACAAGUUAAGAUGAAAAGAAAACGCGACAAUUUGCUGGCAAGCUCGGUAUCUGCUCUUCUCGCCGGAAAAUCCUUUGUGCAAAAAAACGCAGAGGGGACCAGCGAAAGUGGGAAAGAGGGGGAAAUCGAAAGUAGACCGGGAUCUGGAACAGAAAGGGGAAGAUCACCCUCUCCAAAACAGCGCAGACGAUUCAGUUUUGGAACGAUCACAAUGCUCGCAAUGAAUCAACAUCGAGCCUUCCCUGUUGAAAAGAAAGCGACAUUAGGGAGCCGAUUAAAGCUCAAAACACCAGCGGAAGAGUCAGAACAGAGAAAUAUCGAUAUUCGAAAAAGUGUUUUGGUAAACGAUUCAGAUUCAGACGAUGACAAUCACAAAAAAGACUACGCCGUACCAGCGAAACCGGUGAUCGAUCUAAAGAAUGUGAAAUCAAAGAUAUCGAAUCAGUGGAACCAGGACGCUGCGUUAGAGAAGCCACCGACUUUGGCAGACGACACUUUUCAGCUCCAACGAUCGCUGGCCGCUGCGCAUAUAUCAAGAGGGCGCGAUCUUCGAGAUAUGCAAGACGAUAAUGAGGUCGAUCCAAUGAAGGUUAUUGAUGACGAUCGUGACAAUGGUGAUGAGAAGGAGGAGGAGGAUGAUGAAGAUUAUGAGAAUAUUACCUAUGAUGAUGAUGUCGAUGUUGACGGUGAUGAGGAUUUGGAUGAUGACGAUGAUGACGAAGAUGAUGAUGAGGAUGAGGAUGACGGCGAUUAG